UUUGAAACAUUGCUGCCGGAAAACAGAAGACGAAGAAGAAGAAAAAAGUUGUGACGUCAUAAUUGUGCUCUUUUCCCUUGACAAAAACGCCUGAUUCCACUGCGGGUGCAGUGCACCACUUUUCAGCAUGGGUGAACGAAAAGGAACAAACAAAUACUAUCCUCCAGAUUUUGACCCAGCAAAGCAUGGAUCCCUCAAUGGCUACCACAACACUCACCCUCUGCGUGAGCGGGCCAGGAAACUGUCCAAAGGAAUCCUCAUUAUCAGGUUUGAGAUGCCGUACAACAUCUGGUGUGAUGGCUGCAAAAAUCACAUUGGCAUGGGGGUACGAUACAAUGCAGAGAAGAAGAAAGUGGGGAACUACUACACCACCCCAAUCUACAGGUUCAGGAUGAAGUGCCACCUGUGUGUCAACUACAUCGAGAUGCAGACGGACCCAGCAACCUGCGACUACGUGAUCGUGAGCGGGGCGCAGAGGAAGGAGGAACGCUGGGACAUGGCUGAAAACGAGCAGAUCCUGACUACAGAGCGAGCAGAGAAGGAGAAACUGGAGACGGACGCCAUGUUCAAGCUGGAACACAGUGGGAAAGACAAGCAGAAACUGGUGAAGGCUCUUCCGUCUCUGUCAGAGAUUCAGGACCAUCAGUCUCGCUGGAAGGACGACUUUGACCUCAAUAGCUUCCUCCGCAAAAAGUUUCGGGAGGAGAGGAAAGUUCUGGCCGAGCAGGAGGAGAAAGACAACGCCUUUAGGAUGAAAGCCAACGUGUCCAUCCCCCUGCUGCCGGAGACGGCGGAGGACAACAAACUGGCAGAGCUGCUCACCUACCAGGCACCAGAGUCCUGUGAGGAAACGGAGCGCAGGAAGAGGAACGAGACCUUAUCCCGCCCGUGGUUCAGCUCAUCACCUGCACCAGUAGGGGGCGCAGCAGGCGUUCUGCUUCACAAACUGGGACUGCAGGGCAAACGAAUGGCGGCGGCCAAGGCUUUGGGCUCUUCCCACAUUCCCCUCAUCCGCAGACACACAGACGGAUCGGGGAACAAACCGGAACUCUGUGCCACAGUCUCCCGCAGGAGGUCGGACCCUGAACCCGACACGCGUGAUGGCGUGUCGUCAGAGGCUGCACCCGGUGCGGCGGCUGUCGUCCCGCCAACACGGGUGGGACAGAAGAGCAACAGUGAGUUGGAGAUUCACGUUAAAACCACAGAAGAUGGAUGCUUGAUACGGGACUGUGGGAGGAUGGAAGAGGAAGGUCAAAGUUCAGGAGGCGUGUCCUCGCUGGUGCCUGAAUACAGCGACUCUGACUCGGAGUCUGGAUAGUGACGCUAAUCCCAACAGUUUUCACUGUCAUCACGGAAACAAAGU